CGAUCUGUACCGGAAUGUCAUCGGCAUGGCUCAAACUCAAAUUGAGACAGCUAUAAAACUGUUGCUUCAGGAAGCGAAAGAGCUAUGCAUUGGUGGACAAAUAACGGAACUACAACAGCUGCCAACUGCCCUAGAGUUCACCCGGGACUAUUAUGCAAAGAACGCACCUGUUGUCAUACGUCAAGCGGUUGCCCAUUGGCCUGCAGUGCAGAAGUGGACGCCGGACUAUUUGCAGACUACUCUAAAUGACAAAGUUGUGGAUGUGGCUGUCACACCCAAUGGCUAUGCUGACGGUCUGGCCACACAAGAUGGCCAAGAGUAUUUCGUGCUACCGCUAGAAACGCAAAUGCCUCUAUCUGAACUAUUGCAGCGUCUCGAUGAUCCAAUGGGGGCUGUGCACUACAUUCAGAAGCAAAAUUCCAAUUUCAGUCUUGACUUUCCGGAGCUGGCUGAUGACAUUGUGCCGAGUAACUUGAAUUUUGCCCAGCAGUGCUUCAACAAGCAACCGGAUGCAGUCAACUUCUGGUUGGGCGACGAGCGGGCCAUCACCUCAAUGCACAAGGAUCCCUACGAGAAUCUUUAUUGCGUAAUUUCCGGGUACAAAGAUUUCAUAUUGCUGCCGCCGCAUCAGCUCUGCUGCGUGCCUCGUGGCAACUAUCCCACUGGCGUAUACAAGAGAAAAUCCUGCGGGCAAUUCUACAUAGAUCCUGUGAUUGAGAACGACGAAGUUCUACAUACGGAAUGGGUUAGUAUUGACCCAUUAGCUCCGGACUUGGCCAAAUAUCCCCAGUAUAGCAAGGCACGUCCCUUACGAGUACGUGUUCAUGCGGGCGAUGUGCUCUAUUUGCCAAACUACUGGUUCCAUCAUGUGCGCCAGAGUCACAAAUGCAUCGCCAUCAACUUUUGGUACGACAUGGACUACGACAGCCGCUAUUGCUACUAUCGCAUGAUGGAGCAGCUCACCAGCCAAACAGAUCUAAGUAAAUAGCCAAACACCGGAGUUAAUUCGAAACAAAUUGUUUGUUACAUUUGUAAGCCAAUU